UUUAUGUCAAUAAUUUAACUUGCCAAUUUGUCAUUUGUCAUCUUAUUUUUAGUUUAAAAUUCAUGAUAAAAAUUUGUUGUACAUAGCUGCUAGUAAUUAAAGUAAAAGUGGGUAAAUAUUAAUUUUUCAUUAAGUCAGAAUUUACUGACAAUUUUCUACAUAAAAACCAAAAAAGGGGCGGGUACAAGGGGCGUUUAGAUUUAGAAGUCUUGCAAAUUAUGGCUGAGGAUAAACUUGAUCCACCCCCUUUUUUUGAAAAUGUUAAUAUUAACAACGGAGACAAGGAAGAAGACCUUUUUGUUUCUGCUAGACAAGGUCCAGUGGAAAAUAGUACUCACCAUGUAACAAAUGGUGAUAGCAACGAUGCAGACAUUUCACAUUUAAAAAUGUCCGAGUCUAAGGCUGAAUUGGAAACCAUACCGAUCAGUCAUGAACCUGAUUCUUUAGAGGCGGCUGAGUUGGAAGGUAGAGAUGAAUUUCUAGAAAUAUCAAUUGGAGAUACUCAAAAAGUGGGUGAAGGUAUGGGUGCCUAUGUUGCUUACAGAGUAACAACCAGAACUAAUAUGCCAAUAUUCAAGAGGACAAAUUUUACCGUUACUAGAAGAUUUAGUGAUUUUCUUGGUCUUCAUGAUAAGCUCACUGAGAAAUAUUUAAAAGUUGGGAGAAUCAUUCCACCUGCACCUGAAAAGAGUGUGAUAGGAAUGACUAAAAUUAAAAUGGGUAGUAGCACAGAAGGCAAUCAAAACAAUGGCAGUGAUUUCGUAGAAAGAAGGAAAGCUUCCUUAGAGAGGUAUCUGCGCAGAACAGCUCAACAUCCUGUACUUAUAAUGGAUCCUGAUUUUAGAGAGUUUUUAGAAUAUGAUAUUGAAUUGCCGAAAGCUACAAGUACUUCUGCUCUGAGUAGUGCAGGUGUUAUGAGGUUGUUCAACAAAGUAGGAGAAACUGUUAAUAAAAUAACAUAUAAAAUGGAUGAAUCUGAUCCAUGGUUUGAAGAAAAGCUAGCUCACAUUGAAGCAUUGGAAACCCAGCUAAGAAAACUCCAUACCAACGUAGAAGCCAUGGUCACUUACAGAAAGGAACUGGCGGCUUUAACUAACGGAGUUUCCCGAUCUGCCGCUUUGUUAAGCGCCUGUGAAGACCACAACUCCCUAUCCAGAGCUUUAGCUCAGUUAGCAGACACUGAGGAAAAAGUUGAAUCUCUCCAUUUGGAACAAGCAAAUACGGAUUUCUACAUUCUCUGCGAACUACUAAAGGAUUAUUUGGGACUGUUGGGUGCAGUGAGAGAUGCUUUUCAUGAGCGUACUAAACUGUUCCAGCACUGGCAACAUUCUGAACAAAUGUUGGCCAAAAAACGUGAAGCCAAAGCCAAAUUCGAAUUGCAGAACAGAACUGACAAGUUGGAUCAAGCGAAUGUGGAAGUAAUAGAGUGGGAAUCAAAAGUUGAACGAGGACAGGAGAGUUUUGAAAAAAUAUCGCAAAUGAUAAAAAAAGAGAUGGAAAGGUUUGAGAAAUGCAGAAUUCAAGAUUUUAAAGUUAUGUUUAUAAAAUAUCUGGAAAAUCAUUUAGAACAUCAAGCUCAGCUUGUGAAAUAUUGGGAAGCUUUCUUGCCAGAAGCCAAAGCGAUUGCCUGACUAGAGGACAUCUGCAAAGAAUAGCAGCACCUACAUUCCUACUGGCGGUUCCCGGAGAUGUAAUUGUACCAUACAAAAUCCCACUGAUAAUCAAUUGUUUGAAUCCAAAUACCAAAAAGGAAAAAAUCAUUUAAAUCAAAUUUAGUCUUGUUACAAUUCUGAAUGUUAUUUAUGUGGACUGGCCUUUAAUUAGUAUUAGAUUCAUUCCCCAUUAUGUCGAAUCGUAAAUUAUACAUAAAUAGUACUUUUUUAAAAAGUAACUUGGCUGUACAGUAAAAGCUUCUGCAAUAUAAAUAAGUGCAAAGUUCAUUGGAACUAUAGAAAUUUUCUGGUAGACAAGUGUUCCUAUGUGUAGUUUUUUAUUUUAGUGGUAAAUCGGUUUUUUCUAAGUAAAGUAAAACAUUGGGGAAACAACAGGGGCAAUCCUUCCGAUAAUUAUAAAGCAAAAAUAUAAUGUGGACAUAAUAUACUUGGGUAGAACUGAGUGCUCCAAACCAUCAAAUUUAUUAUCUUGCAUAUUUAAUUCUUUGCUAAGAGCAUCUACAUAAAAGUUAUAACACAGUAUCUAAAAGUGUCUUUGAAAGUAUUGUUAAAUAUUUUAGUUGUAAAAUUUUAACUUCAAAAUUACCUCUUUUAGAACUUACUUAGAAAUCAUCCUGUAUAAAUGUGCUUUUUUCAAUAUACUGUAAAAUGACAGUCAAAUUACUUUAUUAUAUGCAAUUAUAUAUAAGCUUAAAGCCUUUUGAAUAGAUAUAUAUUAAAUAAACUUAUGUAUA